AUGUCUAGAUUAGAUAGAUUGUUAACAUUAUUAGAGACAGGUAGUAGUCCUUCUAUUAGAAAGGCAGCAGCUCAACAAAUUGGUGAAAUUCAAAAAUUAUAUCCAUAUGAUUUACAAUCAUUAUUAGAUAAAGUUCAAGUUUAUUUAAGUAGUGAUAGUUGGGAUACAAGAAUUGCAGCAGGUCAAGCAAUUGAAGCCAUUGCUUCAAAUGUACCAUUAUGGGAUCCAAUUGAAAGAAUAAAAGAAAAGAAAGAAGAAGAACUACAAAAAUUAAAAGAUGGUAUACCAUCAUCAUCAACAACAUCAACAUCAACAACAACAACAGAUAUUAAUAAUAAUAAUAAUAAUAAUAAUAAUAAUAAUAAUAAUAAUAAUAAUAAUAAUAAUAAUAAUAAUAAACCUAUUUUAAAUGAAGAUGAAUUCGAUUUACAAUUUAAAAAUUUUGAUAUUGUUAAAGUAUUAAAUUAUGGAGCACCAUUGGUAGCAUCUGGUGGUAAAGAAUUUGAUGAGGAGGAAUUAGAUCCAAAUAUGGAUCCAAAGGAAUUAUUAUUAAAACAGAAAAAGAAAUUAAAGAAACAAUUAGGUUUAGAUGAUUUACCAAUUAAAUUGGAAUCAAUGGAUAGUUUAGUAGAGGAUAAAGAUAUAGUUUUAAAUAAUAGUAAAUCUGCAAUAAAAGCAAAGAAAGAGAAAGAAGAGAAAGAAAAGAAAGAGGAUAUUUCAAUGGUUUUAGAUACAACUGGUAUGUCUGCACGUGAAAGAAAUAAAGCAAAAAGAAAAGCAAGAAAUUUAGUUAAAGAAAAAGAAAAUGAAAAACCAACAAAACGUUUUAAAGAAGUUAAAUCAUCAAAUAAUAAUAAUAACAACAAUAAUAACAAUAAUAAUAAUAGUACAACUGAAAAAACCAAACAACAUAUUACAGAACAACCACAAGAUUCUGGUAAAAUUGUUAUGGAAAGUAUUUUAGAUGUUGAUAAAGCAUAUAAUCAAGAUGAAUGGCCAUUCACUUCAAUUUUUAAUGAUUUAGUUAUUGAUUUAUUUAGUCCAACAUGGGAAAUUAGACAUGGAUCAUUAGUUGGAUUAAGAGAAAUUUGUAAGAAACAUGGUGGUGGUGGUGGAAAGACAAUUGAUACACCAAUUGAUAAGAUGGAUUAUGUUAAUGCUAAAUGGUUAGAGGAUUUUUCAUUAAGAUUACUUUGUGUGAUUUCAUUGGAUAGAUUUGCAGAUUAUACUUCGGAUCAAAUUGUAGCACCAGUUAGGGAGACAUGUACUCAAACGUUGGGUAUUGUAGUGAAAUAUAUGGAUAAUGAGAGUGUGUUGAAGGUUAUUGAUAUUCUAUUACAUUUACAAAAUAAUAAAUUAUGGGAGGUUAGACAUGGUGGAAUGUUGGGUAUAAAAUAUGUGGUUGCGGUUAGAUUGGAUUUAAUCGAUAUCAUAUUACCAAGAAUUUUACCAACCAUCACCGAUGGAUUAAUGGAUAGUGAUGACGAUGUUAGAGCAUGUGCUUCCGAAACCUUUCAUCCAAUCUCAAGAUACUUGGUAGAGAAACAUAUAGAUAAAUUACCAGAGAUUUUAACAAUACUUUGGGAUAUCCUAUUGGAAUUGGAUGAUAUUUCAGUUUCAACUUCAAGUGUUUUAAAUUUAUUAUCAAAUUUUUAUUCUUAUCCUGAAGUUUUACCACCAUUAAAAAGUAAUAAUAAUAGUAGCAAUGGUAAUGGUAAUGGUAACAAUGGUAAUGAAUCAUCAUCAAAUUCAUCAACACCACCAUUAUUACCACAUACUCAACAUAGUAAAUUAGCACAUUUAGUACCAAGAUUAUAUCCAUUCUUUAGACAUAAUCUUUAUUCAGUUAGAUUAUCAUCAAUAAAGACAUUGGAGAGAUUAAUAGUUUCAACACCACAGGAUUCUAAAACUCAUUGGUUAUUAUCGAUCCUACCAGAUUUAAUGCGUUAUAUCUUUCAAAAUAUCAUUUUGGAGGAGAGAGAGGAUAUCGUUGAUUUAUCAUUAUCAACUUGGGAAUCAUUAGUAAAGAUAUUCAAACCAAAUGUUAUACGUGGUGCUUGUAGAUCUUAUUUCUCACAAUGGGUAACAUUAUUAUCAACACCACCAAAUACAUUAUUUGAUAAAUCAUUAUUAUUAGAUGCUUCAAAGAUUAAACAAGAACAAUUAUUAGGUGGUGGUGGUGGUGGUGUUGUUGCACCAACUGCUGGUAGGAAAAUUAAAAGAUCAUUACAACAGCAACAACAGCAACAGCAACAGCAACAACAGACAAUUGCAAAUUUAGAAUAUUUAAAUAUUAGAAGUAAAAUCAUUGGUUCGACAGCGGUUGGUUUAAUAGUUAGAAUGUGGCCAAUAGAGGAUAUAAAUGAAAUUCAAGAUAUGUUUUAUUCAAUGUUAACAUCGAUAUCAGGUUUACAUAGACAUUUAGCAUCGUUAAUAUUGGCAGAGGCUUAUUCUGCUGAAUCACAACCAAAUCAACCACCAAUGUUUCAAUUACCACCAAAUACAAUUCAAUUUCUAAAUCAACAUUUAUUAGAGGAGUUGGAGAAUAGAACCACAGUCAAUUACUAUAUGGAAGCCACUAAUAUAGUUUCAAAUAAAUUGGUUUCCGAUGUUAGAGUUUUAGCAUCAAGUUUAUUGAAUGUUGGUGUUGAUUUUAGUGGUGUUGAAUUAUUAAAUAUUUUAAGUAAUCCAAGUAUUCAAUUACCUUAUGAACAAAUUAUGCCAUACGCUGUUGAAUUGGUUACAAAUGUUUAUGAUUUUUGUGUUGGUUAUAUUAGACAAUUACCACAACCACAACAACAACAACAACAACAACCAUCAAAUACAAUAGAAUUAAUAAUUGAUCAAUUAGAAGCUAGAAAAAAGACAAUAUUAGUUACGAUUGGGUUUGUUGAAAAGAUUCAAACUGAAUAUCAUACUCAGGUACUCUCUGAAAUGUCAACACUUUUAAUCGUAUCUAAUAAUAUACCGCCAAAAGUAUCAGCGAUUGUACGUUCAUUAAUGUUGGCAAUUAGAAAAGAUGAGAAUCCACUAUACCAAUUACGUGCAGCCAGAUCAUUAUCACAAUUCAUUGAGAUGUCAUUAACACGUACACCAUGUCCAAAUCCAAAGAUCAUAAGUUCAAUGUUUACCUUGUUAUGUGAUGAUCAUACUGAAACCCCAUUAAUACCUCCAACUUCAACAUCAACAGUUUCAAUUAAAAUUGAAAAAGAAUCAUUACUUACAACUCAAUUAGAUUCAUCAAAUGAUCAAACAGCAUUAAUGGUUGAUUCAAUUACAAUUCAAAAUGAUGAUGAAAUUAGAUUAGCAAUAUUAGCUCGUAAAGGUUCUGUAAUGUUUUUCAAUUCACUUUGUAAAAGAUUUUCUAAUCGUUUAUUUGAAAGUUUACCAACAUUAUUAUCAACAAUUACAAAUGAUACAAUGAUGAAAUUAUAUCAAAUUCAUUUACAACAACAACAACAACAGCAACAAAAUAAUCAACAACAAUUACAAUUACAACAACAACAGCAACAAAAUAAUCAACAACAACAAAAAGAACAACAAAUUAUAUUAUUUCAAAAUGAAGAAUUACAAAAAGUUAUUGAUGAAAUUCAAUUGAUACGUGUUUUAUUACCAGUAUUAAAUCCAUGUUAUCAUUCAAUGAUGAUUGAAUUAAUUCAAGUUAUAUUUCAUUUUGUAAAGUAUCCAAAACAUCAAGUUCAAAUGAUGGCAAGUAAAUGUAUUGCAAGAUAUUGUCAAAUAUUGACAUUACCAUCUAUGAGAUUUUUAAUUAGAAAUCUAUUACCAUUGUUGGGUGAUACACGUUCUCUAACCAAUCGUAUGGGUGCAAUCAAUACGGUAUCACAGAUCAUUCGAGAUAUGGAUAUGCAAAUAUUGCCAUACAUUGUAUUCUUUACAAUUCCAAUUCUAGGUUGUAUGAGUGAUCAAGAUCCUGAUCAACGUAGAGUGGCAACUUUAUGUUUUGCAAAAUUGGUCAAAUUGAUGCCAUUGGAAAAAGGUGUACCCGAUCCUGAAGGAUUAGAUCAAGAUUUAAUUCAACAAAAACAAGAGGAACGAAAAUUCUUGGAACAAUUAUUAGAUGGCUCAAAGGUUGAGAAUUACCCAUUGCCAAUUCGUAUCAACACUGAAUUGAGAAAGUAUCAACAGGAUGGUGUCAAUUGGUUGGCUUUCUUAAAUAAAUAUAAACUUCAUGGUAUUCUUUGUGAUGAUAUGGGUUUGGGUAAAACAUUACAAACCAUUUGUAUCAUUGCUGGUGAUGACUAUCAUAGACGUGUAAACUAUCAAGAGAAGGGUACACCCGAUUUCGCACCAUUACCAUCGUUGGUCAUUUGUCCACCUUCCUUGGUUGGCCACUGGUUCUAUGAGAUUAAGAAGUUUUGUAGUGAUUCAACAAUGAAACCAAUGACUUACAUGGGUAAUCCAUCGGAACGUCAAGCUCAAAGAUCCAAAUUCAAAGAUCACAAUGUAUUGAUUAUGUCUUAUGAUAUCAUGAGAAAUGACAUUGAUAUACUCUCAGAGAUGCAUUUCAAUUAUUGUAUCCUCGACGAAGGUCAUAUCAUAAAGAAUGCAAAGACAAAGUUAACACAAGCUGCAAAACGUUUACAAUCGAAUCAUCGUCUCAUUCUAUCUGGUACACCAAUUCAAAAUAAUGUCUUGGAAUUGUGGUCAUUAUUCGACUUUUUAAUGCCAGGUUUCCUUGGUACUGAAAAAUUAUUCAAUGAACUCUACAGUAAACCCAUUUUAGCUUCCAAAGAUCCAAAAUGCUCAACAAAAGAUCAAGAAGCUGGUGUAUUGGCAAUGGAAGCACUUCAUCGUCAAGUUUUACCAUUCUUACUUCGUCGUCUAAAAGAGGAUGUUUUAGCUGAUUUACCUCCAAAAAUUAUUCAAGAUCGUUAUUGUAAUCUAUCACCAUUACAAAUUCGUCUAUAUGAUUAUUUCUCUAGAACUCAAUUUAAAGAAACUAUUAAAAAUGAAGUCGAAGAUGAAAAUGAAGAUGCUGAUGAAGGUGGUGAAAGUAAAAAGAAAAAAGGAGGUAAUGGUGGUGGUGCAACUCACAUUUUCCAAGCACUUCAAUAUUUAAGAAAACUUUGUGGUCAUCCAUCAUUUGUUUUAAAUCCUGAACAUCCACAAUAUCCAUCAAUUAUGAAAGAAUUUAAAUUACAACCAAAUGAUAUUUUAGAUAUUGCUCAUUCACCAAAAUUAGUAUCAUUAAAAGAAUUACUAUUAGAAUGUGGUAUUGGGUUAUCAAAUGUUCAACAACAACAACAUCAACAACAAAGUAAAGCAGCAAUUGCAGCAGCAACAGCAAAUGAAACCAUUAAUGAAAGUACAAAUCAACAUCGUGUUUUAAUUUUCGCACAAAUGAAAUCAAUGUUGGAUAUAGUUGAGAAUGAAUUAUUUAAGAAACAUUUACCAUCGGUAACUUAUUUGCGUAUGGAUGGUAGUGUUGAAACAAUGAAGAGACAUAGUAUUGUAAAUCAAUUCAAUUCCGAUCCAACCAUUGACGUUUUAUUAUUGACAACUCAUGUAGGUGGUUUAGGUUUGAAUUUAACUGGUGCUGAUACUGUCAUCUUUUUAGAACAUGAUUGGAAUCCAAUGAAAGAUUUACAAGCCAUGGAUAGAGCUCAUCGUAUUGGUCAAAAGAAGGUGGUAAAUGUUUAUCGUUUAAUCACCAGUGGCACUUUGGAGGAAAAGAUUAUGGGUCUUCAAAAGUUCAAAUUAAACAUUGCAAACACUGUCAUCAAUCAUGAUAAUUCAAGUCUUCAAACUAUGUCAACCAAUGAACUAUUGAAUCUUUUCGAUUACUCUGAUGAUCAAAAAUCUCAACAAUCUAAAUCAACCAAUUUGGCAGAUUAUAAUAAUGAAUCCUCAAUCUCUGAUACUGGUGAAGUAACUAACAACAGUAAUGCAAGUGGUGGUAAACUUAAGAAUAUUUUGGAUUCUUUAGGUGAACUUUGGGAUGAAUCUCAAUAUACUGAAGAAUUUAAUUUAAAUAAUUUCAUGAAUCAAUUAUCUUAA